GCAUGCAGCAAAUUAGGAGAAUAAAUGUGGCAGAUUAGGAUAAUUAGGUUUAGGGUUAGCUAAAAUGUGAAAACCCACUUUGGAUACAGCAACGACUGGAAAUGACUUUUCGUAGCAGGUUAGGGAAGUAUUUUCGCUAACUUUAACCUAAUUCGCAUAGCAUGCUACGUUACUUAUCCUGACCUGCUGUGUAUUUACACACGCUCAUAACCUACUAGGUUAAAGUCACUUCCGGAAGUGCCAUGUUUUUUAAAGGAAUCUCGAUGGUGUACACAUACAGCUACAGACAUAAAUUACUUUUUCGUAGCAGGUUAGGAGAACUUCCGUAUCAUGUUUGGAUAAUUCGCGUAGCCGGUUGGGAUAAUUAGGUUCGCGAAAAUGCUCUUCUAACCUGCUACAAAAUGUCCCUUCCGGUCGUAGCGAGAGACAAAAGUGGGUCAUGUCUAGAAGGGAUCCAGCUUUUGUCAAAUUUACUUAAAACGUAUUUUUGUUGUUGUUGUGGCAUUUUACCUAAUCUUAACCUGCCACAAUUAUUAUCAUAACCUGCUACGUAUGUUCUCCUAAGUGAAUGAACGUAGCAGUUUAGGAAAAUUAGGUUAGGGAAAGGGUUAGCUAAAAUUCGAUCAUAACCUGCUACAAAAAGUAACUUCCGUCCAUAGCUGCAUUCUAUCUAGUAACAACUGCAAACUCCGCUUUCGUUGCUGUACGAUGGUGAAACGAGCACACCUGAGUAACGUGUACAUUUUUGUUUCCCAAUCACGCGAAUGAGGAGGGGACUAAUUCGGAUGACACAUGAAAAUGUAACAACAAACGGGGAAAAAAAACCUUCUGGACCAUGCUGGCAAAGAUACUGUUCUGUGACGCUAAUACAUGCUAAUACUAGCUAGCAUGAUGAGACCAAAGAGAACCUGUUGUGUCGGUGUAUGUCGUGCUUGUGGGGAAAACAUUUCCAAUAGAAUAUACGUGCACAAUCUCUUCAGUCAGUUCGAAGGUCAAUGUUUUAAACCAUUUGACUACACCACAGCAUUGGAAGACCUCACUGGACCAAUUUCUCAGGACGAUGCCUUACCACACAUCAUUUGCGAAACGUGUCGUAAACUUCUUAAAAGGUACUACAAAAGCUUUUGCGAUGUGGAGAAAAUUGGCAGUAUAUUUCGAGAAAGUGCUCAGAAGCAGAGGGAGAGUCACUCUCUUGCGUGGCGAACUCGGGACGCCCAACAAGGUGAGAUUAGUAUCACCCCCUUUCCCCACGAGAGAAUGACAGAAGCGUGUAAGGUUUCCCCGCGAGAUUUGACCGUAACGUUAGUAGUUGUGCCAAAGAGCGAGAACACAGGCGAAGAAGCCACACCACAUCCCAACAACGAUAACAUCAAACCUGAGCCUGCAGAAAUCUCAGUAUACCUGGAAGAAGAUAUGGAGCAGGAUCCACAGUCUGGCGAUGAUGCUGCUUCUUCGAAGCUAAGCCAGGUGAGUGUGCCAACUAAAUACAUCCUUACUGGACCCAUGGAGAAACUUGUGGAUAACAUGUUGAAUGGACAAUUCUUCAGCGCAGCAAAGGCAAUAAUGGAAAUUCCUGAUUUGGCUUCCCUUGUCACUAAAGAGGUUUUGAACCAAGUCGUCAAAGAAUGCAAAGAGCUCACUAGCGUUCCAUUCAACUCCAUACUCAGACAGACCAGUCCAUCCUCUCUGGAAGCCUUCAGAUGGGACACUGUUUUUACUGAAUGGAAGACAACCGCACCCACGUUCCUUAGGUUUCUGGAGUCCGCAAGCACAUCUACAUGGGUUUCUGCCCUGACCAAAGAACGUACAGAGAGAAAGAACUUCGCCAUAGGCAUGGCUGGAGCCACUCUUCUCAAGGUACGUUGCGGCAGGAUGAGUGCACCCAUGUAUCGGAACUCGCUUAUCAUGCACCAGGCUCAGAAGAAAAAGUGCUUCAAUAGGUUUGCCAGACUUGGUGUCUGUGUUACAAAGCAAAGCAUGCUUCAUCUGUUGAGAAGAGUGAGGGCAUCGGAAGAAGUAACCAGGACUCCCUCUGCAGGUGAAGACCACAACUACGACUCAGUAGCGCCAAGAAGAUCCACAGAAAAUACUGACAGACAGGAGGACCCAGAGCCCACAGCGACUGAGAAGCAGCAGGAACCAAGGACCAGUCUGGGGGAAGAGCAGCUUUCAGACUCUGGAACGACAGAGUCCACAACAGUCACAUGCACUCCUCUCUUUCGGAGCAAAAACCAUGGUCAGGGCCCAUCCAAAUGCCAGGCCAAGCCCAAACCUCUGCCCAAACCCCAGCCUCAGCCCCAACAUCAGCCUCAACAUCAGGCCCAGCCUCAGCCCCAACAUCAGGCCCAGCCUCAGCCCCAACAUCAGCCUCAGCCCCAACAUCAGGCCCAGCCUCAGCCCCAACAUCAGGCCCAGCCUCAGCCCCAACAUCAGGCCCAGCCUCAGCCCCAACAUCAGGCCCAGCCUCAGCCCCAACAUCAGGCCCAGCCUCAGCCCCAGCCCCAACAUCAGGCCCAGCCCAAGCCUCAGCCCAAACCCCAGCCCUUCCCCACAACCUUUCUCCUGGCCCAACCCUUCCAAACAGCACAGAACCAAACUGUUAUGUUGUCUAAACAGAAUGGCCCCCUGAUGAUAUUUACACUUCCCUAUGUGCAAAGCCCUGUAGCUCAAAGUGAGGAAGUCAAAGGUGUGGAAAGCACUACGUUGCACAACUACAACGUUCCUUGUUCUUGCCAGGUGUGUGGGCAAUCAUUUGACUUCACGUGUCAUUUGAUAAGACAUGUUCAGAUGCACUUAGCGGAGCAAAACCGUUUGUGUGGUUUGUGUGGGAAGGUCCUUGGGCCUGCAGAGAACAUGGCGGUUCACCUGCAAACUCACAGUCUAAUGAAAACUUUUUGUCAUAUUUGUGGCAAAUGUUUCCCUAAGAAUUCUGAGCUGAAAUAUCAUAUAAGCAUUUAUCACUAUGUGGAGAAGCCACAUCUGUGCGAAGUGUGUGGCAAAACCUUCAGACACGGCAAGGCCCUUAAAGAGCAUCAUACGUCCGCUCACAUAGAGGGACGAGAUAAGCCAUAUAAAUGCCAUUUGUGCCGAAAAGGCUUCUCAGGAGAAAGACAAGUUAAACUCCACCAGUUAACUCACACUGGAGAGAAACCGUUUCAGUGUGAAGAUUGUGGCAUGUGCUUCAGGGAGAAGAACACUCUUAAAGGGCACAUGAGGACUCACACAGGAGAGAAACCGUAUAAGUGCAGAGAGUGUGGAAAAUGCUUUAGAUUGUUAGGUGCUUUAAAAUGUCACCUACUAACUCACACUGGAGAGAAACCGUAUCGCUGCAACGUCUGUGGCAGAUGCUUCAGUCAGUCCUCAUCCCGCAAGACUCACAUGAAAACUCACAAAAUGGCUCACGCAGUAGAGAGUGCAGAGAGACCACAGAGUCCAGAGAGUGCAGAGAGACCACAGAGUGCAGAGAGACCAGAGAGUGCAGAGAGACCAGAGAGUGCAGAGAGACCACAGAGUCCAGAGAGUGCAGAGAGACCACAGAGACCAGAGAGUGCAGAGAGACCACAGAGUGCAGAGAGACCACAGAGUGCAGAAAAGGCUUUGUCGGAGUAGGAUCUCUAAAAUGCUGGUCCAAUGGAGAGACACCAUAGCUUAGAUCCCCCUCACAACACAUAUGAACAUUUACUAAAGGGAGAACCCACAACAUGCCUUAGAAGUUGUAAAAGUGGCCUUUUCUGACAUGUUUUAGAAGACAAAGACAUGCCUCUAAAGUCACUUCUCUUGUUUAAAUACAUUGUGAAUUAGCAGUUUGAAAACAUCGCUUAAGGACUUAGUCUGACUCUCUAACAUUCCACAGUACAUGUCAUUUUCACAAACAGGAGUCGACAGCAUGUGGUCAACUUGUCUGUCCCAAAUAGUUAUGAGACUGCCGACUGGUCCCUAAAAUGUGUUAGUCUCACAGUUACAGAUUGAUUCAUUUCUUUAUGUUUUGGUUAAAAAGUAUUGUGUGGUAGCUGCCAGAGGAUAACACAAUAAAAUAUUUUGUACUGUUUUUCAA